CAAAAAGGACCCGUUUUUGUAGCAGAUGUACUCAUCACCAUUACCCGAAUGAAAAACCCCGGACUCGGGUUUAUACACAACCAGCUCUUCUGCAUACAAAGCUUAAAAUCGAAUUCGUACGACUGCAAGAACUCUCAAAGCUCUGUGUUUCUUUUCCUCAACCUCAAGCAAGGCAAAAGCACAAACACAAUCUCAAAAUCCACACCUCUCUUUCUCUCUGUCGAUCUCUCCAAACACCUAUCAAUCAUGCUAAAAGUGAAUGUAAAAUGGCAAAAGGAGGUCUUUCCAAAGGUGGAGAUCGAUACAAGCCUGCCCCCCUAUGUUUUCAAGUGCCAAUUGUAUGAUCUGACAGGAGUGCCCCCUGAGAGGCAAAAGAUUAUGGUUAAAGGUGGUUUAUUGAAGGAUGAUGCUGAUUGGGCAACGCUAGGAGUGAAGGAGGGUCAAAAAUUGAUGAUGAUGGGAACUGCAGAUGAGAUUGUGAAGGCCCCAGAGAAGGGCCCUGUUUUCAUGGAGGAUCUUCCAGAAGAAGAACAAGUGGUUGCUGUGGGUCAUACUGCUGGCCUAUUUAAUCUGGGAAACACCUGUUACAUGAACUCCACGAUACAAUGUUUGCAUUCUGUUCCAGAAUUGAAGUCUGCUUUACUCAAGUAUCCAUCUGAAAAGAGAAAUGAUUUGGAUCAGACAUCUCAUAUGUUGACAGCUGCAACUCGAGAACUGUUUAAUGAGCUUGAUAAAAGUGUUAAGCCUGUGGCACCUAUGCAGUUUUGGAUGGUGUUACGCAAAAAGUAUCCACAAUUUGGCCAAUUGCAUAAUGGUGUAUUCAUGCAGCAGGAUGCUGAAGAGUGUUGGACACAACUUUUAUACACUCUUUCACAGUCUCUUAGAUCAUCAAGUCCCAGUGAAAAUUUGGAUACAACGAAGGCACUUUUUGGAAUCGAACUUGUAAGCAGAAUCCAUUGCCAAGAAAGUGGUGAAGAGAGCUCAGAGACAGAAUCAGUUUAUUCACUUAAAUGCCACAUAUCGCAGGAGGUGAACCAUUUGCAUGAAGGACUAAAGCAUGGUCUGAAAUCUGAGUUGGAGAAGGCCUCCCCUUCCUUAGGGCGUAGUGCAAUUUACUUGAAAGAAUCUCGCAUCAAUGCCUUGCCAAGGUACUUGACUGUUCAGUUUGUUCGUUUUUUCUGGAAGAGGGAGUCAAAUCAGAAGGCCAAGAUUUUGCGGAAAGUGGAUUACCCAUUGGAGCUAGAUAUCUAUGAUUUCUGUUCAGAUGAUCUCCGCAAAAAAUUGGAGGCACCCCGCCAGAUUUUAAGAGAUGCAGAAGGUAAGAAGCUUGGCCUGAAAGCAAAUGAGAAGAGCUCUGGCUCAAAAGACAAUGAUAUCAAGAUGACUGACGCAGAGGGAUCAUCCAAUGGAAGCGGAGAAUGUUUUAAGGCUACCUCCAAAGAAGGUGGUUCAUCUGACAAAGAAUCACAUUUGACUGGAAUAUAUGAUUUGGUUGCUGUGCUGACCCAUAAGGGGAGGAGUGCUGAUUCAGGGCAUUAUGUUGCCUGGGUAAAGCAAGAAAAUGGGAAAUGGAUCGAGUAUGAUGAUGAUAAUUCCAUCCCACAGCGGGAGGAGGAUAUUACUAAAUUAUCUGGAGGAGGUGACUGGCAUAUGGCUUAUAUUUGUAUGUACAAGGCGCGUGCUGUCCCCAUGUAAUCUGAUUUUAUUAUCAUUAUUGUUUUCUUUCGAUUCAAUUCACACAGGGACGUUUUCUGUAGAUUCAAAUUAUGAAAUGGGCAAUAGAUUUGCAUUUGUUACACUAUAGGAACUGUCACAUGCGUGCAAGUUUUCGAUGGUUUGAUUUCAUUUUCUAAUAAUGUGGCAUUUCUUCUUA